GAGUAAACAUGAAAUUAAAGUGUGUUUUGAAUUGAAUUGAAAGACAAUUGAAAGACAAAAACAUGUCUUCAACUGAUCCGCAGGUGAUUCGCGCGAAACCAUUGGAAACUCGUCGACGAGUGAAUGCGCCGACGAAGAGUCAGAUCCCGUCGGAGAUACUGGACAACAAGUUAUUGAAUGAGAGGAUCAGUUCAACGCUUCCCAAGAACUAUAACUUUGAAUUUCAUAAAAUCAUUUGGAGAUUGAAGUCAUCGGCGGCUCAAAGGGUUGGCCUUCAGUUCCCCGAAGGACUCUUCGUCUUCGCCAUCACUAUCGCAGAUAUCAUCGAAGAGUUCACACAAAUUGAUGUCAUUAUUAUGGGAGACGUGACGUACGGCUCGUGUUGUAUCGACGACUUGACGGCCGACGCCAUGGAUUGCGAUUUCAUUGUCCAUUUCGGUCACUCAUGUCUGGUUCCCGUCAACCAAAUGGUGAACGGAAUCAAAGUGUUGUACGUCUUUGUGGACAUCAAAAUAGAUUUAUGGCAUUUCAUCGAAACCGUCAAAACUAAUUUCAAUCCACAAACGCAUCACUUGUCCAUCGCUGGAACCGUUCAGUUCGUGUCGGCCAUGCAUUCGGCGGCAAAAGAGUUGCGCGAAAGACACGGUUUCCGCGUUUUGACGCCACAGUCGCGGCCGUUAUCUCCCGGCGAAGUGUUGGGCUGUACGGCACCCAAACUGCCGCCAGAAGUGAAUGCCAUUGUGUUCUUAGCGGACGGACGCUUCCAUUUGGAGGCCAUAAUGAUUGCCAAUCCGGCAGUCGAUGCCUUUCGAUACAAUCCGUAUAACAAAGAGAUUACGCAUGAGUUUUACGAUAUGAACAAAAUGUUGUCUUAUCGGCGAAAUGCCGUCAAAGAGACGGCCAAAGUGUGCGCCAAUUCGGGUGUUUUUGGCAUCAUUUUGGGGACAUUAGGCCGUCAGGGAAACCCACAAGUGCUCAACAAUCUACUCAAAAACGUUAAAAAGUACACAAACUGUCACACAAUUAGCGUAUUGUUGCCCGAAAUCAAAGCGGAUGUGUUGUCAGUGUUCGGCGAAGUGGACGCUUGGGUUCAGAUCGCGUGUCCGCGACUUAGCAUCGAUUGGGGCACUAAUUUCACUCAUAAACCACUCAUCACUCCAUUUGAAUUGAAUGUGUCGUUGAAUGCGGUCACCGAUGAAUACAAUGGUUUGGCCAACAGUUAUGCCAUGGAUUUCUACGCCACGCAAUCGGCCGGCAAUUGGACUCCUAAUCACAAAUGCCAUCAAAACUGCAGUUGUGAUCACAAAUAGAAUAAUUGCUAUUUUAAUGUAACAUAUUUGUUGUUUUCAAAUAUUUAUUUUAUUGUAAUUUAAGUAUAAAUUUAAAUAAAUAUAAAUUAUGACAUUUUAAAUAA